AUGUUCCGACUUCGUUGUGGUUUUAGACAACAGUUGGUCUACAUUAUCCUAAAUUCUGUUCUGUACAGCUCCUGGCUGCUUGGAAUUUUUCCAUUUAAGUAUGAACGUAAGCGGAAGAGAUUGCAUCGCUCAAAGUGGUUAAUCCUUUACGGAAUUUCCCUGAGCUUUAGCCUGCUUGUCCUGAUGCUAAAGCAGACUGGAGAGAGCCAGAGAAACGGGGUCAAGUUGGAUGUCUUUCAGAGGAACUUUGUGCUGCAUCAAAUCAGCUUGUUAUUGGGAAUAUUUGGUGUGCUGACCAUAUGUGCGAUGUAUCUGCGAACCUUCUGGCGGAGCCGGAAUCUGGAGGGGAUCUAUAACGAGUUGAUGCUGCUCGAAGUCAAGCACUUUGGGUCUGAUGCCGUGGAGUGUCCCACAUUCGAUGGCUAUGUAAUCAAGAAAGGAUUCCUAAUAGUCGCAGGACUGACCUCCACAUGGAUUUUGCACUUUGGGAUGCCGGAUCAAACGUUGUCAAUAGCAAAUCUUUUGGUUAUUUCGUUGGUCAAAUUGGGAACCUUUCUCCUGGCCAUUCACUUUCAUCUCGGUGCGGCCUUCAUCUACCGCUUUGUGUGGCUCAUAAACAGGGAACUCCUAAUCUUGGUUAGUUCCUUGAGAAAUAAUCACAGGGUAAGCACCUCCAGAGUUCGUUUACUCCUCCGACUCUAUGGAAAACUGGUAGAUCUCUAUGGAAGACUAACCGAUUGCUACGACUAUCAGACGGCCCUAAUGAUGAUAGUCUUCCUGGCAGCCAACAUCAUUGUGUGUUUCUACAUGAUCGUCUACAGGAUCAGUUUGAGCAAGAUGUCCUUAUUCGUAAUGCUGAUUAUGUUUCCCUUGGCUCUGAUCAACAAUUUCCUCGAUUUUUGGCUGACUAUUGCCAUUUGUGAUUUGGUGGAAGGCACUGGAGGAAAAACUACAAUGAUCUUGAAGUUAUUCAAUGAUAUUGAGAUUAUGGAUGAAGAGCUGGAGAGAAGUAUUUCAGAAUUUGCCUUGUACUGCAGCCAUCGGAGAUUGAAAUUCCUUCACUGUGGCUUAUUCCACGUGAAUCGAGAGAUGGGCUUUGAAAUGCUCGUCACAAGUGUUCUGUACCUGCUUUUCUUGGUGCAAUUUGACUUUAUGAACUUGUAA